UAAACUUAUUAAAUAGGUGUUAAAUGAAAAUUCGGAAGUACUGAAAAUGCUGAAAAAAUUGACUGGAUUUGUGAUACGAGAGGGAACUGCUGCUAAUACAGUCAGUAAUUCAUGUAGAGCCAUGCAAACACCCCUCUCGUGCAAAUUCCACUCUCAAAGGGAUAAUUUGUCAAAACAGCAGCCAAAUAAGAAUCUUCUGACGCCUUGGAAGAUUCUAGAAGAAUCAAGAAGAAAUGUCAACUUUAUUCAGGUGGGGCCGAACAAGUUUCUCAAAAUAAAGAGAGCUCCGGCUGCGGGUACUUUGAUUUCAUCAGAUGUGGCAGACGAGGAUACUGACAGUCAUACCUUGACCAGGAAAUCAAACAAGACUGACAUAUCCUAUCCUGAUAUUGUUGCUGACUCGCCGUACGAGAACAACUACGACAGACUCUACUAUGACGGAAUCCACUACUCGGAACUUCCGAUCCUAAUUUGCAGAGCACAGUGGAAUAACCUUAUUUGCGCCACACAGGAUAAAGAUUACAAGAUGCUGUACUACACUUCAGCGCGACUAGAGGGCUACAAGAAUGCGAAGAAGAAGUCGCCUGUUGUCAACCAGCAGAUCGGAACUGUAGUUGCAAGGAGACUACUCAAGAUGGGAGUGAAAUGCGCUAGAGUUGUGUUAAAUGGGGUGGGCCCUGGACGUGAGUCAGUUGUGAGGGGUCUGUUUCUGGGGGGACUCAACAUCGCCUCGCUCACUGACUCCACCUAUAUUGGCAACUACUACACCAUGCGAAGACCCCGCAAGAGACGCAGGGUGUGAGAUGAUGGAACUCUGAUGUUACAUUAUCUGUCUCCUUUAGUUUGUCUGCUAUUUGAAGCCCGAUGUGAGCCCCAAGUACUGAAGUUAAAAGAAGUGACGUUCAAACAAACUGUUAAACUGGCGAAUAAACUAUCAGAUUUUUCAAUUGUUUGAAUGAAUUUGUGGAUAAUGAUGAAUCAAUGAUAAUGAUAGUUUAUUGCUAAAACGUGUGCAGAAAUCUAAUAUCUUUUUUUGAAUUUAGACAGCCGCUGUUUUAGUGAUUGUUUGACCAUAGAUUCUGUGAAAUUGUAAUAGCCAGCAAGGUAGCUUUAAAAAUUUGAUGAAAUUUGAAGAAA